GAGGGAAUAAAAAACUCACAAGCGAGGAAGUCGCAAAAAAAUGCAAGAGGAAACGAGGCGAAAGGAAAUUAAAUUAAUAGUUUGCGCUUAAAUUGUUUGCCGUUCAUUUGUGAUAGAAACAUCGAAAACGAAGCCAAACAAAUAGAAAACAAUUUGUGCUAAGAUGACGAAUCUAUUGCUCAGCGACUUGAACAACCUCUCCACGGACAUGGAUCUGGAUGUGAAUACCGUUGCGGCUUCAGAGUCACCGCUGUCACAUUUGAACAGCACACGGAUGCUCCUGGAGUUGGCCAUGACGACAACGGCACAGACGACGUCGCUCUUUGAUGAUAACAUCAGCAUGAUUUCCACCACCGAGACGCCCUAUGUACCCUAUGGUCGGCGACCUGAGACCUACAUUGUGCCCAUCCUGUUCGCCAUCAUCUUUGUGGUGGGCGUGCUCGGCAAUGGGACACUGAUUGUGGUCUUUCUCAGCGUGCGACAGAUGCGCAAUGUUCCAAACACCUAUAUACUUUCCCUGGCGCUGGCUGAUCUGCUGGUGAUUGUGACCACUGUACCGCUGGUGUCCACCAUCUACACCAUCGAGUAUUGGCCCUUUGGCAGUUUCCUUUGCAGCGUCUCGGAGUUCAUGAAGGAUGUGUCCAUUGGCGUAUCCGUUUUUACACUGACAGCUCUCUCCAGUGAUCGAUACUUUGCUAUUGUCGAUCCGUUACGCAAGUUUCAUGCGCAUGGAGGAGGACGCCGUGCUACUCGCAUGACUUUGGCCAUUGCCGUUUCCAUUUGGCUUCUGGCCAUUCUCUGUGGCUUGCCAGCGCUGAUUGGCAGCAACCUGAAGCCCAUUGGCAUCAAUCAGGGCAAAUCGAUUGUCAUCUGUUAUCCGUUUCCGGAGGCCUGGGGCUAUAACUAUGCCAAGCUGAUGGUCACGUUGCACUUUCUGGUCUACUAUGCCAUCCCACUGGUGAUUAUAGCCGUGUUCUAUGUCCUGAUUGCCCUACACUUGAUGUACUCGGCGAAUGUACCCGGCGAAAUGCAGGGAGCGGUUCGGCAGGUUCGAGCGCGUCGCAAAGUUGCCGUAACGGUAUUGGCGUUUGUUGUCAUCUUUGGUAUUUGUUUUCUGCCCUAUCACGUCUUCUUUCUCUGGUUCUACUACUGGCCAACUGCACAACAGGAUUAUAACACGUUCUGGCAUGUGCUGCGUAUCCUCGGAUUCUGCAUGUCCUUCGCCAACAGCUGUGCCAAUCCUGUGGCCCUGUACUUUGUGAGCGGGGCGUUUCGCAAGCAUUUCAAUAGAUAUCUGUUCUGUCGGGGAGCGAGCGGACGUCGCAAGAAGCGAGACACCUUCUGCAUGCACAGGGACACAUCGCUGACCAGCACAGCCUCCAAGCGUUAUCAGUCCCGUCACUCCUGCUAUCAGAGUACCGUGCGCAGUAGCUGUCGCCUGCAGGAGACAACAAUUACAACGCUGCCCAAUGGUGGGCUUAAUGGAGCGUCAGCCAUCACGGCCGUUUCCCAUAAUGAUCCGCCGGGUUAUGAGUUUGCGCCCCUCGGUGAGUUUGGUUUGCUGAAGGACCCACAGCUGGCACACAGGAUACAGGAAUCUGCAUUAAACUAAGCGGUCCAGGUCGUAGUUACCUCCACGGAGCUAUACAGGAAGUCAACUUUAGCCAAAUUAAGCAUAAUAUUAAAUAUGUUCUUGAAAACACCAAAAAAA